GUAUUCAUACACUCACAACCUUCAGCAAUGAGUAUUGAAGCUGUGAGCACCCACACCAUCAAGAGCGACGCUGCCACCACCGUCGUUACCCACACCACUACCGUUGUCAACGAGUACGAGGAAACGAACGACGACAAAGACCACCACUACCAAUAUCAUCACGUUCACGACCACGACCACAAGCACGACCACCAUAAUUACGAUGAGCUUAAGGCCGUUGAAGGUGUCAAAAAGACCUUCAGGGAUUACUGGCUCCCUUCCCACACCAAUUCGGGUUCCAACAACCUUGACGACGAGCAUGACGGAGACGAAGACGAGAACGAACAUACGAACCCUUCGCGCUUCUCCCCAAACAGCGUAGUGCGACGGGCCUAUGACUACUGGAAAACUCUCUCCCAGGACUCUGAGGAAACCGCGAGGGAACUCGUCCACAAGGCUCGCAUUGCCCGAGACGAGACCUCCAAGGAGGCUAAAUGGGCCAUGCUUGGCUACAAGCGAGAGGCCCGUGAAGCCUAUGAGACUGCCGAGAAAAGGUAUCGUGACGCCCUUGCGGCGGCCGAGAAGGUGCAUGAGGAGGCCCUCGAGAGAGCACGGUCGCGAUGGUUCCAGCAGCGAGAGCAUACGCAGAAGGAGGUCGGGGAAAAGGUCGAGGAGAUGACCCACCAGAAAUGGGAUCAGUUUAAAGCAGCGGUCGAUUCUUUGGUGUUCAAUCCGCCAAAAUAUGUGUGCAGUCCCAGCUCGCAGUACUGGUUUUCGAGACAGGACCCGGUUACAGGUUCUGGGUGGGAUUGUCGAGAGAUCUGGGAUCAUUCGGACAGUAGGAAGCAUGGCCACGGUGGGUUUAAGAUGUUGCCGAAGAAGGAGAUUCCGUUAGAGAAUGUCCAUAGGGUGUUGGAGGGGCUGUGGAAAGAGGCGGGAUCGAAGGCUAGGACUGGACCGUCGUCUGAUUCGGCUUUGAAAUAUGUCAGAGAUCGCUAUCAUGGUAUCUUGGAUCGCAUUGCUCGUGGCGAGAAAGGAGCAGUAGAGGAACUCGAUACGUUGAUGGAGAAGAUCAAGGGUAGGCUGAACGAGGCCAAGUACUCUGAAGAACAGACAGACGCGUGGUUGACGUCGCAGUGGAAUGCCGUUGUCCAUAAUACAGGCGAAGCCAAGGACCAAUACGAGCACAUCUUCAAGAGCGCAAUCAAGAGCGUCGAGGAUGCACGUACUCAGACCUACAACGCAAUCUUUAAAAGUUUGGAGGAGCCUCUCAACAGUGCCCGUGGCAACAUCCAAGAAGUCAUCAGAACCUCUAAGGAUGAUAAAGCCAAGAUCCAGAAGACCAUUCAGGAAGCCUCGAGAACAUUUGCGACCACUGUCAAGGAUGUAGAGGCCAAGAUCAAGGCUGUACCCAAGAGCGCGUACGACCAUGCACUAGAGUCCUUUCGCAAAGAUAGUGUGAAAUUGAAAGCCAAACUCGAGCAUGCUGCCAAGGUGGCCUCAUCGUUGUCACUUGAGGCUUUCAGAUCCGCGGCGGCUCUCCCCCAUGAGGCGUCCAAGUCGGCUUUAUCUCUCUCGCGCCAUGCGUCCAAGUCGGUGUCAUCUGCAGCUGCGAGGGUCGCUCAAUCCGGCGAGGGUCUGCAUCAGGAUGCUAGUCAUCACUUGCACGAUGCCGAAGCAUCCGCGGACGUGAUCAAGAACCGCGCGUCGAGGGGCGCGACAGAUCUGGUUGAGAAGGAGGUGUUGUCCCGAGAUGUCUGCGGUGGCGACGGAUGCGCAUGGGAACUUAGUAGAAGACGCCAUAGUCAGAGCCACAGCCAGGUGCAUGGUUCGGACUCUUCGGACGACCAGCUUCACCAGUACAGCCAUCGCCAUCACCAUCAUCAUCAGCAGCAUGAGAAGCAUGACAAGGACAUUCAUCAUGAAGAGCACCGCGGGCACCACCAUCACCAUAACUCCUUCAGCGCGGUCCUGAAGACGUUUACUUCGGUUGUUCCGGCGACCAUGGUUCUCUUGGUUCUUCUUGAACUAGCAGGGUUCUCGCGCGUUGCGCUUCACACGCUUUUUGCGAGCCUCAUUAUUUCGCAGAUGUGCUCUUGGAGAGGCCGUUUCUGGACAUUCAGCGCAGGCGAUGGGACGUGCACUAGCCCGGACAACUUUUGGACUUGCCGCAGUUGCGAACGCGAUCAAUGUCCUGCACGAUGA